AUGCCGUGGAGUUUGGUUGUUUUCUAUGCAUAUCUACUCACACAUCUGGAAGGAUUCGGCUACAAGCAGCACGAUGUGAGUGGUUUUUGAUUGAAGGAUUACUUGUAGAUAACAUUACGUUAAUGGGAAGUCAUCUCGGUUUUUAAGUUGAGUUAGUCAAUAAACUGUUUAAGACCAUGAUAAACCUUUUGAACAAAGAAGAUAUUAAAAUACUGUUCAGAAGAAUGUCUUUGCUCAAAACCCUCAUCGCUACCACGACUUCAUCUCGACCUUGAGGCAGGAUCACCAGUUCAGGUAAGCCAAAGUGACAGCCAUUUACAGAUUUGCAGACCAAAACGACAAGUCAAUCAUUUUCGGAAUACGAAAUUCGACCCCGACUAUGCCCCCAACGACCUUUGCGAACCUUGGAACUCCGGAAGCCAGACCGACGACUAUAACUGGUAAUUAAACGUUGUUAACCGUAUUUCGUAUUAGGAGCGAGCCCGCCGACCGAUUGUUUAAAUUAAUUACCCUCAACAAUGGCUACAACAUGUACAUGCCGCCUGGCCAACAUCACGGUGAGCUAGUUUAACGUAAAAGCAAUAUAAACCAUGAAAUCUCGAUACUUUUCCCACAAAAAAGUAUGUUAUUCAUGUAUUAUAAUGAUCCAGAAUUAAAAAAAACACUAUAUAUAGCCAUGAAUUCUCAAAAAUAACAACCGAUUCUAGGUCAGACCACGAACGUCUCAGUCGCCUUGUACAUCGAGUCCAUGAGCUCAGUCAAAGCUCAAACCAUGGACUUUGAAGUAGACUGUUACCUAGCUAUCGGGUGGUAUGACAGAAGACUCAGCCAUAACUGUACACACCCUAUAUUGGUAACUCACAAAGCCGUUGCUGAAGAAAUAUGGAACCCUGAUCUCUACUACGUCAACGCAAAAUACGCUUACCUCCAAGAAGUGACUACUCCCAACUUCAUGAUGUUCGUCUACCCAGAUGGGCUGGUCUUCAAGUCGAUGCGAACGGUCGUGACAUUGUCCUGCAUGGUUGAUCUUCAGUUCUUUCCCAUGGAUAAGCAGAGCUGUCCUUUGACGAUUCAGAGCUGUGAGUUCAUACCUAAACAAUGCUUUUUAAUAUUCAUAAAUAAGUAUUGCAACAAAAACACAUAUAAUUGUCAACAAAUGCAUAGAAUCUUAAUGAAUUUGAAGUUUUAAACUUCAUUUUUGCUUUUUGGCCUAUUUUUCCAUCAAGAAUUUUGACGAAAAAUCGUACGAAAUUUCGUCGAACAAGCAUUGGUCUGGGCGCAAGUUGCGUUUUAUUACUUUAUACGACGAAAAGUCUAAAAAAUAAAAAAAAGAAUUUUGGACAAAAAAUUGUACUCUUCCGACCUUUCUUGUUAUCUUACAAAACCGUUCUUUCGAUAAUUCACCUCAUAUAUGUUUUAAAGUGCAUUAUAGAUGCUUAUAUCGAGAGUUUGUUGAAUUUAUCAUGGCAUGUUGAUUACCCGUUUUACCCGAUAGCCAGUAAUGAGGGACUAAAACUGAACGACAUGGAGAUCACUAACAUAAACUUCUCCAAAUGUUCUGGACCGUACGCUAUGUUUAGAGGAACAGGUAGGGGGUGUUCUAGAUAACAUAUUUUUUCAUUUUUGUAAUAUUAGUAAUAAUGUUACCUAAAACGAGUGAACUGUCUAAAUAAGAUCAGCUUGUUCUUUGUCUUGAACUGUUUAAAGUAAAAUAUUGUGUUAUAGGCAAUUGGUCGUGUAUCAGAGCUAUCAUCGAGAUGCGGAGACUUGUAUUAUAUCAUGUUGUUCAAACCUAUAUUCCAUCAGGUGAGGUAUCACUAUAUUUUUUAUUACAGUAUCAAAGUUAUUUACUACAAUAGUAGAGUAAAAAGGCAUUUUCCAAGACAAUAAUUUAAACUUUCAGCUAUGUUGGUAUCGAUCUCAUGGAUGACGUUCUUCUUGCCAGCUCGUGCUUCUCCUGCUCGGAUCUCGCUUACCAUCACUAGUCUACUUACUUUAACUACGAUGUGCAAUGGAGCUCGGCAGGAUCUUCCUCAGGUACGUUUUUUAUAUUUGUAACAUUUUUUAAAUUAUAAAAUUUUAUUUUAGGUCAGUUAUAUCAGCGCGCUUGAUGUUUGGCAUUUUGUGUCACAGGUAUAUUAAUUUAUAGUAUUAAUCAUACGUCGAACAGCAAUAAUAAAGGGACUAAAACUUGUUUAUACGCUAUAUCAAUUUUGUUUUGUAAUACCCCCAAUUUUGCAGGCUCUGAUAUUCUUGGUGUUAUUGGAGUACUCGUUUGUCAGCUACUACAUGACACGAGGCACGGGCCACUGUAAACAUCGUAUGUCUCAGGACUCGAGUAGACAGCUUAACGUACGAACAUCGCCUUCAUCUCAAUUUACUCAACCAGAGGAUACGCGAAUUCGAUUGUUAAACAAUAAUAAUAUAAACGAGUACCAAACCAAACGACACGGAUCUUUGGCUAACACAUUAAACGGGAAGGCUAGGCUAAGAAGAACACAUUCUAGUCUGGACCGGAACAAUUCCAUUCAUAGUCCAAAGUCGUUUUCAGUAGCCACUGGAGUGGAACAGUGUAUUACGAAUAGUGCGGUAAGGAUAAUAUGAUACUUGUGAGUUUGUUUAAGCUUUUGUUGGGACUGUAGCUUGGCUUAUGGUUCCAUUUGGGAGCCAGGCUUUAGUUUUCUAUGUGGAGUAGUCUUUUUGUCAAAAAAUGUAUAGAAUGGUUAGCUUUUCUAUUAAUUUUUGGGACACAAAAUGCAUUAGAUCUAUGAAUAAGCAUUUUAUGUUGUUACAAGUUUAAAAGUACAGUCUUUAUAUAUUAAUUAUGUUUUUUAAAUCAUCUCAGUUAGCCUUAUUUGCAAUAUAACACAGUAUGUCUUAUAAAAAUUUUACAAAAUGAUCACUUUUGGUAACGUACUCACUAAUAUCACUGGUUUCGUAUCGUAAUACUGGCUUUUGUUUAUCUCACAGAUGUUUUGUCGCUUGGCUCACCUCCAGCAGCAACAAGAACGACUUAUGAUCGAGUUUCAAAAGCAGCGACAGAGUGUGUUUGACAUUGAAAACGACACCGCGGUAAGUCGCUUCAGUAAUAACAACAUCACGCGCUUUACUGCAAUGUAUUUACAUGUAGCACUGGUUUAUGUUCGCAUUAGCUUUGUAAUUUGAAACAAUGUCAAUUUGGUUGUUUUUAAAAUUUUAAAAGGUAUAAUAGCACAAAUGACACGUUGUGAACUGUAAAUAAAAAGUAUAACUAUAUGUCGGUGAAUGAGAAGGUUCAACUAAAUUUAAGACUAUGUUAUAAAGAAGUCUUUUAGGAGUUGCUGGCAACACACUGUAACGUCUCUAUGGACAAUAUGCUCGACAUGCGUAGGCCAUGUGUGGAUUGUCAGUUGGAUAACGAAAUUAAAGCCAAAAUGAUUGAUUACUGUAGGUUUACGGCGUUUAUAAAUUUUUUUCAAAAUUAAACGUUUGUUAUAGAAUUAUGAUUAUAGAAGUAAAGAAGGUUUUUUACUGUGUUUUACAUGAUAUAUUUGUCAAAAAAAAACUACUGUCUGUAUCUUUCCUUCUGAUCUUGUUUUGACCUUUUUUCUAUGAAUUUAUUGACCGAAUAAAUCUUCAUGUUUUCUGCUAGUUGACUCUUAAUUAUAAAUAUUAAUUUGUAAUUGAUUCGCGUGUCUGCAUCUGUUUCCAACAUGUUGUUUAUGUUAGAUCUAUGAUAUAUUACACGACUUUCACUUGCAGACAGUCGUAUCGCGUUUCCUUCCGUUUUCUUCACCUUCACCAUCAUCUAUUGGUUCUUCUACGGGUAUUACACGAGAUUGCAUUAA